CCUCUACCAUCCUCUACCACUCUCUACCCGGUCUACCAUCUACCAAAGGUGUAGUAGGAUGGAUCCUGUCCGAACCCGUCAAUUAGUCAACAAGUUAGUCUUCCAAUCUCACAACAAACAUGAAUCGAACUCGGCCAGCGAGGUCCAAGACUGGUUGUUCCUCCUGCCGCCGUCGCAAGGUACGGUGCGACGAGGCGAAGCCCAUUUGUAACGCUUGUACGCGUCUAUCUUUACCUUGUUCUUACGAGCCUAAUCGGGCAAAUUCCACGGAUACCCUUCGUUACCGUGUACGUUUUGUCAAUUCUCGCUACAGCAGAUCGCGUGUAGAAGACAAACCUACUUCGUCCGAAGGGUCUCGGCAAUCUGUUUCCCAGCAAUCUGUUGCCCCUGAAGUCAAGCCUAAACAAAAACAAAAGGCUCCCAAGGACAAUGAUACCGAGGAAGAUACCCAGGCCAAUCCCGGGGAAAAUACCAGGGAAAAUACCGGGAACAAUGUAGAACCCAUCUCCGGCGUAAAUAGGCCGGACCACUCUACUACUCUCCCGCAUCUCUCUCCCGUUCAGAUCCCCCCCACAGGCCCGCCGUCUCAAUAUAGCGCCGAGACUAGGGUGGUUCCAGAACCUGUCAUCGUUAAUACUAUCUCACAGCUAGAUGUAUACGAGGCUCAUCCGCAAAUAAACCCUGGCUACGUACCAGCUUUCUUUGACCUUAACAUGAACUUUGACCUACUCGGUGAAGAGUGGUUAGUUCCAACAAAUACGCCAGGGAAUACAAUGUUAUCGUCUGAGCCAGAUUCGGGGCCAUACCAGGCUGAGGUCCCGGGACCUAUUACAGGUAUAUCGAGUAUUCCAAGUACUUCGAAUACCCAUGAUGUUACUGUGGUUAUCGGGCCCGACGACCACAGUCUUAUCCAACACUACAUGAGUGUCAUGACUGGCUUCUCCAAGAUACGUAGCACAGAAGGGGAGAACCUCUAUAACCAUAUAUUUACCAGUAUGGCCCUUCUCUAUGCACCGUUAUUUAAUACCAUAAUGGCGUGGACAGCCUUGCAUCUUGGUCAAACGAGGCCUGACCCUGACCUAGUUAGGAAGGCUGAAGAGCGAUACUCGCUUGCCAUUUCGAUGCUGCAUCAAGAUCCAACUGUUGCCAUCCAAUUUGAACGUUCCAUUGUCACCAUUUGGUUUGCCCUUCAGUUUGAACUCCUUGCAGCACGUGAUGUUAUUGGUUUCUGCCAGCACCUGGACUUUAUUGCAGACCUCGUUGAUGCUCAUCGUCGUCACCUGAAAGCUAGCGGAGAGGCGACGCCGCUCGGCUACAUCGGCUCUCGCAUGCUAGUCUGGUUAGGUGCAUACGAUGCUCGGGGGGCCUGGAUAGGUGGCACGGGACGUCUUUUAGAGAAUCUCGAGUCUUUCUUUGCAGAUUACAAUUUUAUAGAUGCUGCAUUUCCAAACUUGCCUGCCAGCACAGAAGAUCUUAAACCUUCUCUACGAUUGUCAUUGGAGCUUGACUUCUUGGAUAGCCGGAUCGUGCAGCUGCAUCGCAGGAAAGGUCCCGCACCGGUUGCAAUGUGGUCCCAGGUACAAUUAGGGCUCCUUACCCUUCGCGAACGAUUUAAUCGUGAUCCUUCCGUUGCACCAAUCAUUUCUUAUAUUAACGAGCCGAGCCGCGCUCUUGCUGGCCAAAUUACGACAAAAUCUUUUAAUUGCCUAGUUCUCCUUGCGGCAUAUUACAGUGUCGUGAUAAACUACCACAGGGAGGUUCCCGCUGCCGUGUCUACCAACUUACAAAACCAGCUCACGCCAGCCGAUCUAGCAGCAACUUAUAUCGUCCGCUUAGCAUCAUUGGUCGGCCGAUUGCGUCCGCCUUCGCCGCAGAAUAUCUGGCCACGCCUUCUAUUCUUAGCCGGCAUUGAGACUAUGGAUAUUGCUUAUCAAGAUUGGGUAGUUAAGACACUUAUGGAGGCUGAGGUUUGGGGGGAUAAUUUCCGCAGAACCCGUUUAUUGCUCGAGCAAGUCAUCAAAAUCCAGAGCACCAAAGGAGUCCGAGUCAACUACGUUGAUGUCAUGAAGCAACAUUCGGGCUUAUUCAUCAUCUGAGGCAACAAGCCCAGUAGAAACUUCUGCGCUAAAAGAAUGAUACUAAUGUGUUAUGAUGUAGUAUCAAGUGUUAUGGUCAUAUCGUCACUAUUAUCUGGCCGAGGCUAUGCGAUACAAAACUAGGAUAAUUUCUACUCUUCGCCCCCGACUCCCGCAGGUUUACGAAGAGCAGGUUUUCUUGUUAUGCUCAAUUUAACUUACCUUAGAUACCUUAUUAAUAGCGAGUUAAAAUUUUCAUUUCUAUCUCAUCAACUGAAGUCAUCGCUCUGGGUACAUAGGUAUCCAAGCUCACGAUUUCGAUUUACGCGUCCUCCCAAUUAUCAAAAUUUCGAAUCAAGUCUACCAAAAAUUCAGUGUCAUGUACCUUACAUAUAUCACAUCAUUUAAUCGCUUACCGUAAUAUAAUCUGAUGCCUUCCAAGU